AGAAAAACUAAAAUGCGAAACAAACAAUUAAAUUUUUGUAAAAACUAAAAUGGUUUUAACAAAAGUACGAUGAACAGGGAUCAAUUCAAGCGAGAAAGCUAAGUCUCAUACAGAAGCCAACUGAGGAAUGUUGCGCGUAGCUCCCAAAUUCUUCACCGCCGCCCCGCUUCGGACCGUUUCACUCUUUGCAUGUCGCUUCUCACUCCGUUCUAUCGCUGACUCAGCUCCUUUCAACAAAAUCCGCAUUCAAAGAGAUGAUGACACUGCAUUUGAUGCAUAUGUUGUUGGCAAAAACAACGCUCCUGGAAUUGUUGUGCUCCAGGAGUGGUGGGGUGUGGAUUUCGAAAUUAAAAACCAUGCUGUGAUGAUUUCUCAACUCGGUCAGGGAUUCAAAGCUCUUAUUCCAGAUCUAUACAGAGGAAAGGUUGGUCUGGAUGUUGCAGAAGCACAACAUUUGAUGAAUGGUCUUGAUUGGCAAGGCGCUGUGAAAGAUAUUCAUGCUUCAGUUAACUGGCUUAAGGCAAAUGGUUCAGCCAAGGCUGGUGUUACUGGAUUUUGUAUGGGGGGUGCACUUGCUAUUGCAAGCUCAGUCUUGGUUCCAAAUGUUGAUGCUGCUGUAGCUUUCUAUGGAGUUCCUUCCUCUGAGCUUGCAGACCCUGCCCAAGCCAAGGCUCCUGUUCAAGCUCAUUUUGGAGAGCUGGAUAAUUUUGUUUGUUUUUCAGAUGUUACGGCAGCCAAGGCCUUGGAGGAGAAGCUGAAGGCAGCUGGAGUUGCUCAUGAGGUACACAUAUAUCCUAACAAUGGACAUGCAUUCAUGAACAGGUCUCCUGAAGGAAUCAAGAGGAGGAAGAGCAUGGGAAUGCCAGACGAAGAUGAAGCUGCAGUUCAGCUGGCAUGGUCUCGUUUCCAGUCAUGGAUGACACAUUACUUAACUGGCUAAAUACUUUAUUAGUACUGCCUCAAUGCUAUGCUAUACUUCUAAUUCCAUCUUUGGUAGAAGUAGUUUACUAGAAUUUUCUUCACGGGUGGAUUGCAUACAUGCACCCCCUUGAGAAAUUUGACUUGGGAAUAUAAGAAGCAAAUAUGAUAUUUGUUUA